AUGCAGAAUAAGGAAAUUGUCUUGGAAGCAAGUAUGCAAGAUGCCUCUGAUGUCCAGUAUAUUCCAGAAGAGCUGAUUAACGACAAGGAGUUUAUGAUGCAACUGGUUUCACGAAAUGGCCAUGUGUUGAAACAUUUACCGUCGCAACUGCAAGCUGAUACAGAUUUGAUUGUACGCGCUGUAAUUCACAGUGGUUACGCCACCAUUUAUUGUGAAGAGUUGUUACAAGUACGAAUGCAACAUUAUUAUUUUGGAGCUUAUCUUGGUAAACCUGAAACCUCUAGAAAAGUGUGUUUUCAUGUGACCAUGUGA